CUACACCAAAUGCUGGUUUAUUACUAUUAUAUCUCAACAAAACACACAAACCCCCCACGUGUCCCUACACUGCUGGAGUAAUCAGAUCCACCAGUGCAAUACGUAAUCCCAAGGUGCACCGCUGAAUGAGUAAGAGCAUUACCUAAUCCCACAAUGCAUUGCGGUGGGCGGCGGGUGUGAGACCUGGAGCCACGCCCACCGCUCUCGUGCUGACCAGUGAGUUGUGUUUGACAUGACAUCAUCUUUAUUUUCAGUGAGCGAGCUGAGAGAGAGAUAGAGAGACACACACAGACACAGAGAGUGAGAGAGAGAGGGAAAGAGAGAGAAAACAAAACAACCCACCGAGAAACUUUGUUUUGCACGUCGGAAGUGAGAGGAUGUUUGGAGAUAUUGUCCGAAACGCAGGGAAACUUUCAUCGUUUCCAUUUUUCCUGGUGAUCAGUUUAAAGUGUUUCUGAGGUUUGUUUUUAUGUUUAUUUUUGAUUUCACGCGCCCUGGAGAGAGAAAAAUAAAUAAAUAUAUAAAAAACUAAAUAAAUAAAAAAGAUGGACGGUUUGUUUUAUAAUGAAGCUUUGGAUGGUGGUUUAAACCAUCAUCUUCAUCAUCAUCAUCAUCAUGGGAGCGGAUACGAAGCCGUAUCGCGCAACAUGAGCCUGAAUCUGUCGGACGCGCCGCACGACGCGCUCACACUCACGUCCCCGGACCUCCAGCUACUGAAGCUCACGUCCCCGGAGCUCGAGCGACUCCUUAUUCAGACGUGUAACGGUUCUGCUCCUUCGACACCGACUUCCGGUCCGGCGCGCACUUUCUCCGCUCCAAAACAACCCACGGACGAGCGCGAUGCCUUCGCCUUAGAGGAGUUUCAGUGCCACCAAAGGAUGUGUACUAACCCCAGUGAUGUCCCGGCUGUGGCUACGGGACCGUCUCACGCGUGUUCCGGUUUCGCGGAGCACGUAAAUCACACGUGGGACACAUACACCGACGUGCCGCCCUGCGCGCCUCCGCGUUACAGCUGCCCGCCGGGGCACAAAGACGAGCCGCAGAAAGUCCCGGAGACGCCGCCGCUGUCUCCCAUCGACAUGGAGGACCAGGAGAGGAUUAAAGCCGAGAGGAAACGCAUGAGAAACCGCGUGGCCGCCUCAAAGUGCCGGAAGCGGAAGCUGGAGCGUCUCGCGCGGCUGGAGGAGAGAGUGAGCCGGUUAACGGGGGAGAACGGAGACCUGCGCGGCGCCGCGGAGUCGCUCAGAGACCAAGUGACGCAGCUCAGACACCAGCUACUGGAUCACAUCAAGAGCGGCUGCAAACUCCUCAGUCAGCAGCUGCAGACUGUUAAAGAGUUUUAAAGACGCGGUUCGUCUUUUUCUUUUUAAAUGAGUUCAGAAAUACAUUCGACUUGCACACACACAGACGUAGACACACACACAGCCACAGACAGACGUAGACACAGCCACAUACAGACACAUACACAGCCACAGACAGACACAGCCACAGACAGACACAGACACAUACACAGCCACAGACAGACGUAGACACAUACACAGCCACAGACAGACACAGACACACUCUCAGUGCUACUUUAUCAGUUUCCCUUCAGCAUUCUGUUUACAUUUUCUUCCCGAAACUGCACCUUACUCUGCACAUGUACUGUAGUUACUGAGCAGUGACUUGGACUAAACUUUACAGAAUCUCCAACAGGUGUCUAAAAUGACAUAUCGCUCCUUUAAUCAGAUUUGCACUGUGAUUUUUAAAACUUGUCUUCCAUCCUGAAAGGAAGUCAUUUUGCAGGGUUCAGGGUCAGAGUUCAGGGUUCCUCUGGUUUCUUCAUGACAAUAUGCAGGUGACACUAAAUUGCCCCAUGGUGUAUAUAUGUGUAUGUGUGUGUGCAUGCCUUAUGUCCAAUCCAGGGUGUAUUCCCACCUCAGGUCUUGUUUUUCCCUGGAUAUACCCCAGAUUCACUAAAACCCUGACCUAAGCACUUAACGAAUAUACAUGAACAUUUUUUUUUAACUUGGUCUCAUCUUUCUUUUCCCUUCACUUGUCUUUUUACUAAUAUACAGUUUUGCACUGUUUUUAGGUUUUCUACAAACUUUGUCCUAAUAAUAAUUAAAUAAAUAAAUAAGUAUUGUAAACAUAUUUUAUACUAUCAUUCAGCCUGUACGUAGGGUUUGUUUUUGGCCACCUCACAUCCUGUAGGAUGAAUAAAGUGACGUGAUGCUCCGUGUACGAAAGCAACUGUUACACACUUUCAGUGCAGCGUAAUAAAAAGAGCUUCUUCAAA